AAUGGGUUAUUUUAAACAUCACCACACUGCGAACCUUAUGCCGAUCCCUAGCCUUAAAUUAAGUCCAAAAAGUAAAUUGUUGUUUUCAUGUAGUUUUACGAUAUUGACCGUUUAAACUUUGUGGCUGGGGUAACUAUAGUGAAAACCCUCUCCCAGGCCGACGCGCGUAGCCAAACGGAACAUCAGAGAGCAUAGGGCUGGCGUCUCCUGGUAGUAUAUCUAUCAGGUCUCGAGCACAUAAAGUCCAAAAGAGAGGGACUAAAGGAAAUAAAGACAAUAGGGGCUCCCCUGCAGGAAGAAGGAAUCUCCCAUCGUUUUAAACCUGGUUCCAUUACCAGAGAGGACACACGCGGGUUUAGCGUUUUACCGAGACGGAUUAAUAAAACGCCAGACGGAUGUUCGCGAGGAGGGGUGGUCCGCUCUGAAGUUGGAGACUACUGCCUACCGAAUACGGAGAGAGGAGAGAAGCGCUUUUGUUUUCCCCGUGAAGGCUUGCGCCGCCCGGCCACAGCAUGAAGCUGCCGCCUUGUUUCGUGGCGCUCAUCGCGGCGCUGCUCGUUCACUCCGCGCUGGGUCAGACCUGGGUUCCAUCAGAUGAAGAAAGUUCUUCCAGAGAUGAGUUCUAUGAUGAUGAAGACCUCGUCUCAGGCUCUGGAUCUGGCUUUCCAGAGAUGAAGGUCAACCCUAUAGCGGUGGGCGUAUCUUUCACCACGGAAGCGCCCCUCCCCUUCUCCACCACCCAGGCCACUGGCCCUGCCCCCUCGGCCCCACCUGUAGCCGAGCCCAGCCCUAAAGUUGACGUCCUUCCUACCCCACUACCCACUGAGGGAGAGGGGGAGAGAGUCCUUCCUACCCCACUCCCCACUGAGGGAGAGGGGGAGAGAGUACUUCCUACCCCACUCCCCACUGAGGGAGAGGGGGAGAGAGUACUUCCUACCCCACCUCCCACUGAGGGAGAAGGGGAGAGAGUCCUUCCUACCCCACUACCCACUGAGGGAGAAGGGGAGAGCGGGGUAGAGUGGGAGAGAGAACAAGAGUGGGAGAGAGAACAAGAGAAGGAGAGGGAACAAGAGAAGGAGAGGGAACAAGAGAAGGAGAGGGAACAAGAGAAGGAGAGGGAACAAGAGAAGGAGAGGGAACGAGAGAGGGAGAGGGAACAAGAGAAGGAGAGGGAACAAGAGAAGGAGAGGGAACAAGAGAAGGAGAGGGAACAAGAGAAGGAGAGGGUACAAGAGAAGGAGAGGGAACGAGAGAGGGAGAGGGAACAAGAGAAGGAGAGGGAACAAGAGAAGGAGAGGGAACGAGAGAAGGAGAGGGAACAAGAGAAGGAGAGGGAACGAGAGAGGGAGAGGGAACGAGAGAGGGAGAGAGAACGAGAGAAGGAGAGGGAACGAGAGAAGGAGAGGGAACGAGAGAAGGAGAGGGAACAAGAGAGGGAGAGGGAACAAGAGAAGGAGAGAGAAAAAGAGAGGGAGAGGGAACGAGAGAGGGAGAGGGAACGAGAGAGGGAGAGGGAACGAGAGAGGGAGAGGGAACGAGAGAGGGAGAGAGAACGAGAGAGGGUGAGAGAACGAGAAAGAGAGAGGAUACGGGAAAGAGAAGGUGAAAGAGAGAAGGUGAGAGCCGCCCAGACUACCAUUUCCCCACGCGGCCCUGCAGCUCUUCCCAUGGCAACCACCAGUUUGGCGGCGACUCCGGCGGAGAGUGCAGCGCCCUCUAGCGGCGUGGAGGACCUGGGCACCACAGAAGAAGAGGACGAGGAGGUUUACCUGUCCCCAGACCCCACCACCAGUUUACUUAUGGAGACCACCACAGAAGAAGAAGAAGAAGAAGAAGAAGAAGAAGAAGAAGAAGUGACCACUACUGAGACAGAGACCACACCCAUCCCAGAGACAACAGCUCCACCCACUACGACUGGCCCAGCCCCAGCUGAGAGGUCUAGCUCCGCCCCCUUCAGGCCCAGGGUUCCUGUGACCUUGCCUACUAAAGCUGCACCCACAGAGAAGAGCACACGUCCCCAGCCACCCUCUACAACGAAUAAUGAGUUGGGGGUUAACGGACCCAGCGCAGACUUUGAGAUCCGUGAGGAGGACCGUCGUCAGGGAAACCAGGUUGUUGGGCGUGGCGUGGAGACGGGAGCGGAGCCUGAUCUGAUUGGCAACACGAUCAACACGGGAAGUUCUGCCGCUCAACUUCCUCAGAAGAACAUCCUGGAGAGGAAGGAGGUCCUUAUAGCGGUGAUAGUGGGGGGCGUAGUGGGGGCUCUGUUUGCAGCGUUCCUGGUCAUGCUGCUGGUGUACAGAAUGAAGAAGAAAGAUGAAGGCAGCUACACGCUGGAGGAACCCAAACAGACCACCGUCACCUACCAGAACCCUGACAAACAGGAGGAGUUCUACGCAUGAGAGAGAGAGAGAGUGAGAGAGGGAGGACAGGGAGAGAGCGAGGGGGAGGCACGGGGAGAGAGGGAGGGACGGGAAGAGAGAGAGAGGGAGGGGAGAGAGGGAGAGGGAGGGACAGUGAGAGAGCGAGAGGGAUCACUCCACCUCCUGUCUUGUCGCCUCACCUCUCCUUCCCAUCUCUUCCUCCCUCUCCACAUGUCAGUUGUUGUUAAGAGUGCCUGUCUCCAUGGACUCCGAACUUUCUUAAAAAAAAAUAAAAAAAAUGAACAAAAAUAUAUAAGCUGAAAAAAUAACCCUAAACACAUGAUAUACACAUUUGUUUUUUAAAGUAAAUGUUAUGAAUAUUAUACAAUUAUUGUUCUGAUGUAAUUAAUUCAUUUUUGUUUGUUUGUAAAAACACAAGCUCUUAUUCCAGCACAAUACUCCUCUGUCUGUCCCACUGAGCAAAUGAGCCAAGAGAAAGAGGGAUGAGGGGAGAAGAAGGAGGUAGGAGGGAGAGAGGUGUCAUCUGAUUGGCCACACAGAUACUGGGGUCAAAGGUUAGAGGAAAGCUCACUAUUGUAUUGCCUUCCAUUGUCCUUGUACACACACACACACACACUCCUUGCUGGCUCUUGCUGGCUACAGUAGUACACAAUGAGAUGCCUUCUGGUUCAGAGAGAAAAGUCUGAUAUAUUUGUACUCUGUUUCACCCUGGGGGCUGCAGUACGAAAGCUGCCGUGUAUACAGUCGUGGCCAAAAGUUUUGAGAAUGACACAAAUAUUAAUUUCCACAAAGUUUGCUGCUUCAGUGUCUUUAUAUUAUUUUGUCAGGUGUUACUAUGGAUACUGAAGUAUAAUUACAAGUAUUUCAUAAGUGUCAAAGGCUUUUAUUGACAACUACAUGAAGUUGAUGCAAAGAGUCAAUAUUUGCAGUGUUGACCCUUCUUUUUCAAGACCUCUGCAAUCCGCCCUGGCAUGCUGUCAAUUAACUUCUGGGCCACAUCCUGACUGAUGGCUGCCCAUUCUUGUAGAAUCAAUGCUUGGAGUUUGUGAGAAUUUCUGGGAUUUGUUUGUCCACCUACCUCUUGAGGAUUGACCACAAGUUCUCAAUGGGAUUAAGGUCUGGGGAGUUUCCUGGCCAUGGACCCAAAAUAUUGAUGUUUUGUUCCCAGAGCCACUUAAUUAUCACUUUUGCCUAAUGGCUCCAUCAUGCUGGAAAAGGCAUUGUUCGUCACCAAACUGUUCCUGAAUGGUUGUGAGAAGUUGCUCUCUGAGGAUGUGUUGGUACCAUUCUUUAUUCAUGGCUGUGUUCUUAGGCAGAUUUGUGAGUGAGCCCACUCCCUUGGCUGAGAAGCAACCCCACACAUGAAUGGUCUCAGGAUGCUUUACUGUUGGCAUGACACAGGACUGAUGGUAGCGCUCACCUUGUCUUCUCCGGACAAGCUUUUUUCUGGAUGCCCCAAACAAUCGUAAAGGCGAUUCAUCAGAGAAAAUGACUUUACCCCAGUCCUCAUCAGUCCAAUCCCAGUACCCUUUGCAGAAUAUCAGUCUGUCCCUGAUGUUUUUCCUGGAGAGAAGUGGCUUCUUUGCUGCCCUUCUUGACACCAGGCCAUCCUCCAAAAGCCUUUGCCUCACUGUGCGUGCAGAUGCACUCACACCUGCCUGCUGACAUUCCUGAGCAAGCUCUGUACUGGUGGUGCCCCGAUCUCGCAGCUGAAUCAACUUUAGGAGACGUUCCUGGCGCUUGCUGGACUUUCUUGGGCACCCUGAAGCCUUCUUCACAACAAUUGAACUGCUCUCCUUGAAGUUCUUGAUGAUCCGAUAAAUGGUUGAUUUAGGUGCAGUCUUACUGGCAGUAAUAUCCUUGAAGCCCUUUUUGUGCAAAGCAAUGAUGACGGCACGUGUUUCCUUGCAGGUAACCAUGGCUGACAGAGGAAGAACAAUGAUUCCAAGCACCACCCUCCUUUUGAAGCUUCCAGUCUGUUAUUCAAACUCAAUCAGCAUGACAGAGUGAUCUCCAGCCUUGUCCUCGUCAACACUCACACCUGUGUUAACAAGAUAAUCACUGACAUGAUGUCAGCUGGUCCUUUUGUGGCAGGGCUGAAAUGCAGUGGAAAUGUUUUUUGGGGGAUUCAGUCAUUUGCAUGGCAAAGAGGGACUUUGCAAUUAAUUGAUCACUCUUCAUAACAUUCUGGAGUUUAUGCAAAUUGCCAUCAUACAAACUGAGGCAGCAGACUUUGUGAAAAUUAAUAUUUGUGUCAUUCUCAAAACUUUUGGCAGCGACUGUACUGUAGUGGUGUGUAGUGCACGAACACACACACACACACACACACGCACGCACACACACACACACACACGCACACACACGCACACACACGCACACGCACACACACGCACACACACACACACAGCUUAGACCCCUCUCUCUGUGCUUGGUCAAUCGGAGUAGGGGAACCCUCCCACAACGCUCUGACAACCUCAGGACAAGGUUGUGGCAACAUUCACUGUUAAUUUACAAAGGAUUCUAACCAGGGAUGUAGUGGGUAAACAAACGAAGCCCGGUGGGGCGGCGAGUAACAUAAACAUUAACUGAUGCUAAGAAUGACACCUGAGCAUAGAUGUGUUAACACUGUUCAUCAAGUAAAGGGGUGUUUAAACAACAACAUGGUUCACUAAGUAAAGGGGUGUUUAAACAACAACACUGUUCACCAAGUAAAGGGGUGUUUAAACAACAACACUGUUCAUCAAGUAAAGGGGUGUUUAAACAACAACACUGUUCACCAAGUAAAGGGGUGUUUAAACAACAACAUUGUUCAUCAAGUAAAGGGGUGUUUAAACAACAACAUGGUUCACUAAGUAAAGGGGUGUUUAAACAACAACACUGUUCACUAAGUAAAUAGGUGUUUAAACAACAACACUGUUCACUAAGUAAAGGGGUGUUUAAACAACAACACUGUUCACUAAGUAAAGGGGUGUUUAAACAACAGUUUACGAGCGUUUACCCUCCUACAUCCCUGGGUCGUAUUCAUUAAAGCAGGAAAUGAGGAAAACGAACGGAAACGGGGAGAAGGACUAUCUGGCCUUGUCCUGUAAGAAAUGCUCAUAUCCGGUUUUCCAUUGCAAAACAUUUUCCAACAUUGUCCAUUGCGUGUCUUAAUGAAUAGGACCCUGAUGCUGUAUGCCAACACGGGGAUAGUGGCUAGUUGUCUGGUCUGCUCCUUUACACUGUACAAAAGUGAUUAGUGAUAUUGAUAAUCGAUUAUGUGUUAAUGUUCCAGGCUGGUUGGUGAAUGAUGAUACUGGUAAUGCUCCCAACAGGAGGGUGUGUAUUUAGCAUUUUCAAAAGUUUAUAUGUAAAUAUCAUUGUCUGUCAUUGUCACUCUAACCACGAUCGAUGUUUCUAUAUCACGUCAGUCUGUGGCGCUGUGCUCUCAACACACGCAGGCAUGCGCUCACACUAUUAAGCACACACACACACACACACAAGCACGUGUUCACACACUCGAACACAGACAUACACACACAAAUAUACAUAUCACCUGCACUUCAUUGACUAAAUAUACAUCAAUCACAUCACUCAACAUAUCAUUGUCCUCAUCAGGUGGUUUCAGUACUUUAUUGAUAAGACAUCAAUCCGUUUCAGGUUGGUUAGAGUUUGGUCCGUUGUGUAAAAGCAAAACCCUGUAUCCAUCCAAUCACCUGCAUGCAUUUUCUUUCUCUUAUUCCAUUGGUUGUCUGUCUGGGGGUGGGGGCGGUUCUUUUUAACUGUGAGGGUGGGACUUACGAUGCUGAAAGUGACUCUUCAAGUAGAAGUUGUCCAUCGGUAGGUGUGGGGACAGGCGUUAGGGUGGGGGCUGUGGGUAGGUGUGAGGACAGGCGUUUGGGUGGGGGCUGUGGGUAGAUGUGAGGACAGGCGUUUGGGUGGGGGCUGUGGGUAGGUGUGGGGACAGGAGUUUGGGUGGGGGCUGUGGGUAGUUGUGGGGACAGGAGUUGUGCUUUCUAUCUAAGAUUGUAACAAUAACCAACACAACAGUACGAUACCAUGCUAAUAAUACAACCAGGCUAAUAUAUUAUAAUUUACUGUAGAACAACUGCAUGGGAGUCAAACUAUACUAGUGUGUGUGUGUGUGUGUGUAUGUGUGUGUGUGUGUGUAUGUGUGUGUGUGUGUGUGUGUGUGUGUGUGUGUGUGUGUGUGUGUGUGUGUGUGUGUGUGUGUGUGUGUGUGUGAGGGGUGUUCUCUGAGAGGAAUGUACUGUGGGCAGGUGUGUAUUUUACCUGCUCCAGCAGUUCUGACACUCUUCCAUAGUCAGGUAGUCACACCUGUAGCCGUGUGUGUAGGUCUCACCUGUUCACUGCUGAAUGUGGGGCUAGUCUGCUUUUUCAUACAGUCUGUCUCUCUGUUUGUAUUAGGACUGACUGACACACACAUCACAGUGUGUGUGGGUAUAUGUGUGUGUGUGUGUGUGUGUGUGCCAAGCCGUAUCCACGGUUACCCAUCCUGUUUUUAUACAUGUACAUUUUUUUAAGGCUGAGUUUCUGUCAUUGACUGCUGGGCGCCGGGAGACGGACCUCCUCGCAACAGCCCUGCCAAAUAAAAAUAAAAGACCUCAUUGGUUAA